AUGUCAGAUAAUAAUGAAGUUGUAACUGUUGAAGAGAUAAAGAAUGGAUUCAAAACAAUUCAGAAUAAUAUUUGUAGCUAUUUAGUAGAGCAUACGAAACAAGAGUAUUUGGAGGAUCUUUGGGACUAUCAUAAGGGUACGGGUGGUGGAAUCACUCGUGUCUGGGAAGGCGAGAAUCCAGAGGGUUUCUUUGGUGCUCCAGAUGCCGGUCGUCGUUACGAUGUCUUGGAGAAAGGCGGUGUCAAUUUCAGUUGCAUCGAAGGUGACAAUCUGCCAUCGGCCGCCGCCACCCAGUUCAACAUCGCACCGACCACACCGUACGUCGCCACCGGUGUCAGCUUGGUGCUGCACUCGUACAGUCCACGCGUGCCAACCAUCCACAUGAACGUCAGAUACUUCCAGGCCGGUGCAACCUGGUGGUUCGGCGGUGGAAUCGACGUCACUCCCGUCUACCCGAACCUCGACCAGGUCGUAGCGUAUCACCGCGGCCUCAAAGCUGUUUGCGACCAAUUCGGCUGCGACGAACAAGGCACCACCUACGCCAAGGGCAAAGCAGAGUGUGACAGCUACUUCCACUUGAAGCACCGCAAUGAAACGCGUGGUGUCGGUGGUCUCUUCUACGACCACAUCAGAGGCGAUAGCAGCGAGGCGGCCAAGCGCAAGGCAUGGCGUUUCAUCGAGGCACUCGGACUGGCAUUCGUCAGUCUCUACAGACCGUUCUUGGAAGAGAACAUCUCACUUCCCUAUACAUUGGCACAACGUGAAUUCCAACUGUAUCGUCGUUCUCGUUACGUUGAAUUCAAUCUUCUCUUUGACCGUGGUACCAAAUUCGGUAUCCAAUCGGAAGGUCGUAUCGAAUCGAUCUUCAUGUCACUGCCAGCCGUCGCCAAAUGGAAAUACAACUACAAACCACAACCCAACACACCAGAAUCAGAACUCACAGAUUUCUUUUUGAAACCACAAGAUUGGUUAUCACUCAAUCAAUAA